AUGAUUCUCAUUCGCACCCCCAUUCAGGUGGUGCUUCUUGUCGUCGGGUUCCUUGCGUUCCUGGCACAGGCCGCUGUCAUCAAUCGUGAUGUCUCUGAUGCUCACGCCAAUCGUGGACACGGCAAUUUGCGUGGUCUUGACCACUUCCCUGUUCUUGCCAACAACCUCAUUGCUCGUGCUCUGUCGACUGAUUAUGUCACAUCGACCUCCACUGAGAUCAGUUGUGCCCCAAAUGUCCCAGAUUGCCCUCGCACUCCUAAGACUUCUGAGGUCUCAACUGCAUCUUCUACCUCGAGCACUCUCCCUGUGACUCCCGAGAUUCAAACUGUGACUCCCACUGAGACUCCCUCGUCGAGUACCCCUGCUUCAACUCUGCUGACUCCAACUGAGUCCUCUACCUCGAGCAACCCAGUUGUGACUCCUGAGACUCCCAUGUCGAGGACCCCUCUGGUCACUCCUGGCAUUUCGACUUCUGGCUCGAGCACCCCUGGUCAGAACCCCGAGGUUAGCACUUCCACUAAUACUGUUACGGAACCGUGCCCUUCUGGUUCCAAGACUGGCCAGCCACCUGUUCCUCCAGUCGUUACAGUCUCUAUUGAGUGCUCCCACACCGAUUGCCACACCCCUGCUCCUACUGUGCCAGCUCCUCCAGUAAUUACAGUCCCCAUUGAGUGCUCCCACACCGAGUGCCACCCGCCUAUUCCCAGUGCUCCUACUGUUCCUGGUGCUCCUGGACUUGGCCCUGGUGCUCCCCCUACUCCCAGUGCUUCUACUGUUCCUGGUGCUCCUGGACCUGGCCCUGGUGCUCUCCCUGCUCCCAGUGCUCCUGCUGUUCCUGGCACUCCUGGACAUGGCCCUGGUGCUCUCCCUGCUCCCAGUGCUCCUGCUGUUCCUGGCACUCCUGGACAUGGCCCUGGUGCUCUCCCUGCUCCCAGUGCUCCUGCUGUUCAUGGCGCUCCUGGACCCGGCCCUGGCGCUCCCCCUGCUGGCAACAAUCCCCCCGCCAGCAGCAACCCUCCUGCUGGUGGGCACUCCACCCCCAGCGGAAGUGUUCCGGGCAACCCUACUCCUACCAAGGCAUUUUCCAAGGCUGCCAAGGUCCCGAGUAACAUUGUCAACAUUGUUGCCACUGGCUUCAUGGUUCUGCUUUUCAUUAACACCCUGUGA